AAGUCACGUGAGUCAGAUACUAAAUCGACCUUUGAAACUAAAGAGCUCUUCCGCUACAAGAUAAACAUCCGUCGUCUGCAUAUAUUUCAAUGUCAACAUGAACUGGAUGGGAGGAGCUCGAAGUCGUUUAAAGCACCACGGUGAUGAAAAGAUUCAAAAGCAAUUUUUUGAAAGAAAAAGACUUCUGAAAAGAAAUGAACAGUAUAAUAAUGGCUUACAGACUCCUUUGGAUAGAAAAAGUAUUGUGAGUCAAGAUAUAAAAGGAUUUUGUCUUCUUGAACAAAUGCACUCAACAGAAAUGUUGUCACCAAAAGAAAAUGUGCGCCCUGUCAGAAAAGUACAGUUAGACAAGCCGAGAGGUUCCCGUCCUCUUCACCACUCAAAACUAGGAUCCUCUCCCCCCUUAACUACACCAUCAAAACUUCUUUUUAUGGAACCCAGAUAUCAAAGAGACACCAGUGCUAAGAUGGCGUUAUCUGAAAGGAAACACUUGAAUCUGGAACAGAUUUUAAACAGCUCAAAAGUUGAAGAGACGGAAAGGAAAAUCAAUGUCGCUAAAGAUUCCUCAAUAAACUCCGACAUACACAAACGUUUCACGAACUAUCAAGAAAACCCAUUUAUAUCCGAAGAUUUUCAACCGACGCCAGUUGUUAAGUACCUAAAAAGCGAAUUUCCGGACACCGGGGAGGAAUAUCGAAAACGGAAUGAUCCAUCGGUCUUAUCUCCCUUGACGCAUAGUCGAACACACGAACCAGCGAGAGUCGAUGAAUACACGCAUCAAGAAAAUACAACUGGCAGGAAUAGAGACUUUUAUCGUCAGAAUUUUUGCGGGAAUCCUUUCUUUGAAACCCCUGUUGAACAUAAUAGAUCAAGUAAAAGAAAGUUGGUGGAAAACGGUCUUGAAGGAAGCUUUUUUCAUUCAAAGCGCUCGCUAUUUGAUGAUUCGCAGCUCUUGGGAAAGAAUGAGGAACGACUUUGUGGCAGAGAUUUUUCGUCAAAUAUUGCGAUAAAUAAAUUUUCUAAUUCCAAUUUUUGGAUAAACGAACCCCAAUUCAGAUCUAGAGAAAACGAUUCCUUUAUAAUGAGUUCAAAAGCACGACCCCAAAAGAAGAAAAAAUCGGAAACUUCUGACCGUCCGUGUUACCGCGAAAAUGAUAAGAUUCCAUUGGACAAUCGGGAAGAUAAAGGAAAGCAAACUUUUUCAUCGUCUUCCAACGAUUUCCACCCAAAAAUCCCAGAAAUGUCAAAGAAAGAUAGAUACAUUUUCUGUACACCGAAAAAUCAAGGAACACUGAAAGCGAGAAACAAGUACAUGAGAAGCAUACCCUUAGUAAAGAUUCCCGACCCUGCUGAAAGUAAUAGAGAUGGGGAGCAGUCUCCAGACAACAGUUUUGAAGUGAACAAACAUGACAUACUCGACAGAGACGAGAUGAGUUUAUUAAUCACAAGCACGCCAUUGAAUAUCGCUAGGAAACCUACAAAACUAGUCACAGAGGGAGGCAAACCAAUGGAGGUAGAGAUCUCUCCCAUAGGGAAUCCUAUGGAAUUGACUCCCACAGGAAAACCCGUGGGAAAAGAAAUACAUGCAUUUCCAUGUCAGAUGGAUGUCAGGGAUUAUCCGGUUUGUAAAACAGCUGAGCUGGUGAUUUCACCAAUUGGAAAACCAGCCGAAGAAAUGAAGCAAUUAAAUCGAGCAAUGCCCCUGUCUCCGAGAAAACUAAAUAUAAGUCAGGAUGUAUAUGGAACGAAUUUGUCAGUAACAGAUGGACUGUCUCCGACAUGUGACAGCCAAGUCCCCGACAACACAAUGGUGCUUGACAAAACCGCGGAGGAGGACCACUGUCAAGCCGACCAGAGCAUUUCAGAAAGAAAAACUCAUCCAUCGGAAACAGAAAUUGUGGAAAUUCUGGCAGAAAUGAAUCAGUUGGAAGACGACCAGGUGAAGGAAUGGGAGCUUAGUGUGUAUUACAGCCAGACACGAAACGAAAAGGAGGACGAGGAACAGUACAUCCAGUUGAAGAAAUUGAACGACAUCAGCGACAGUUUUGAAUCCGUUUUAAAGGAAAACGACAAGGCCAUUAAAUUGGAGAACUUCAUCGAAAAUGAAUACGAUGCCCUGUCAGUUCUAAAAGCAGUCGCAGCCAAGCUAGAAAUAUACGUCAAAGGCUGCCAAGAUUCGGAUCAAGUGUCGGACUCACGUGCUAAUCCAUGCGAGAACGCAGAAUCAUUUGUGAAUCCAUGUGAUGAAAGAACAGAGACCAAAGUGCAGACUGUUUUCAAAAGCAGCCUUGAAAAAACACCAGUGCGACCAAGAUCUCUUAGUUCAAUGUCUUUCGAGGAAAAAACAGAUGCUGCUGAUGAUAGAACACGGAAUGCUGAUAUUUGUAGUACUACUAUUGCUAACUACGAGUCGCCAAGGAAUAGUGAUCUAUUAGAAGAACGACAGACGGAUGUAACCCUAACAGCCCCACAAAUCACGGUGGACAUGGAAUCGUCCCAUCAAAUGUCAUCCUCUUGUACAAAUGACAUGAAAUGCAAAUGUAGAGAUUCAUUUGUUUUGCGAUCUUCUCGUGAGACUCAGACGGAAACUGCCGUCAGAAGCACUGGAGUCGAGACUGAGCGGAUUAGUGCAGUGUCUGUAGGGAUCCAAUGCGAUCUUUUCCUCGACGGCUGUGAUUGUAAAUUAGAGGCCCCCGGGAGUCAAGACAGUUUUCAUAGCGUCACAUCUAAUUUUAAUCCGGAAAUUCCCGCUCCAAAUGGGGAGAAGGAAGAAAAUGAAGGCUAUCAGCUUCGAUCCAGGAAAAAAAUUUAGGAGAAAUUUCUUAUUUUUUCCUCGUUAGCGUUGAAACAUUCAUAGUAUUUA